CGGAGAGAAAACCAGAACCACUACCUAUCUCACUUCAUCUAGUCGAACCAAUCAAAUGCUCUCAGAUGAUUAAAACAAGAAAGAAAAAAAGAAAACUGUUGGCAGCGCCAUCUGCGCCUUGCAUCCACAGCGUCUGCACGUCACGUCCCAGCUGACAGAGUCCGCUUGGCAUGGUUAUGGAAAACUCUGCAGCGGAAAAGGAAAUUUUGCAAUUUUUAUCCAAGGAUACGGCAUUGGCAACGAAGUUACCUGCCAUUUUGUACGUCCUCGGGCUUACCGCUACUGGAGAUGGAUUGAAUUUCCUCAACGAAAACAGACAGCUUCUGGAUGCUGUCGCGUCACUUCUUGGUGAUCCUUCAGAUGUCGUUGUCUCAAAGUGCUGCGACAGCCUUCUGAACGCCACGUCAGACUCGAGAAUAUCAUCGUACCUUCUCAACGAUCAUGAAUUCAUCACAUUAUUGCUGGGUCUCCUGCUAGCAGACAAUACGCGUCACUGCGACAAAUGUGUGGCUGUUCUCAACAACUUGACUCGUACGAAGGAAGGUGCCGAAAAGAUUUGGCGCAUCAUUCAGGACGAAAAAGCUGAGAAGCUUUUGAACAUGUUCACACAGAACACGUCCAGGUCAGAACACGAUCGAAUUGGAUUUUUGUUGUCCAACCUCACGCAACUUCCUGAAGCCAGAGGGUGGCUGAUGGAGAGAGAUGCAUGCAGGAUCAGUAAGCUCUUUCCGUUCUUGACACUGGAAACCUCAACGAUCAGGAGGCACAGUGUUGCUGCGGUGUUACGGAAUUGCUGCUUUGACACCAGUCAACACGAAUGGCUUCUGAGUGCAGAAGUGGACAUUCUGCCCCGUCUCUUGUUUCCCCUGAUGGGUCCGGAAGAGAUUGACGACGACGAAAUGGAAAAGUUGCCGCUUGACCUUCAAUAUUUGGGAAGUAGCAAAGUGAGGGAGAGUGACAAAGAAGUGUGCCAGAUGCUGAUCGAAGCCCUUAUACAGCUGUGUGCUACAAAGGACGGCCGUGCCAAGCUAAGGAAUAAUGGCGCGUAUUACGUCAUGCGAGAGCUACACAAGGUGGAAAGCAACAAGACUGUCGUUGCCACAUGCGAGGACCUUGUUGACAUCCUCAUUGGCGAUGAACCUGAACCGGGGAUGGAGAACCUCAGAGAAGUCGAAGUGCCCCCUCACCUUGCCGAGAAGUUCGAUAAGAUGAAGGAAGAAAUGUUGAGAGAAUGAUGUGCUUUAACGCAGCUGCGUCAUAAUUUAUAAAAACGAUGUAUAUAGUCACAAAAUGAGCUUUUACAACAAACCAUCAGUAGGCAACACGUUUUCAAAAAAAGUCUGUGGACGGAGUCGUGCAGAAGCGCACUCCUAACAGUUUCCAUAACGGAGCUCUAGUCGUCCUUCCUGGACUGGAUGACGACCUCGUGAAGUGUGUUGAUGACCAUGUAACGCGAGAAUAUACUGUAAAGGUGCCUGAACCACAGCAUUUGGCUUCUGUGCUCAUAUAAGGCUUUCUGGAAGAAAAGGAAAAUGUGGAUUAACUUGCAAGGAUAUAAAAAUGGCUACACUAGCACUAUGGGUUCAAAAAUCUUCGCUGGAGCUAACCUCAUUUACAUCGGAUCAUCUGUGGGAAGUUGCGACAAAACAUUAUGUAUUCAAACCUGGAUAGUUAAUUUUUUGUUUCUGUUUUAUCCACGAAGUAGAUUUUUGAAUAUGCAAUCCAGAUGGCAAUAUCGCAAUGUCAUAUUUCAAUUGUUUCCAAAGGACGGGAAACUUUUCUUGCAGCGAAUCCGUCUAGGCGUACUUGGAGACAAUUGAAACAGCACAAGUAGUGUAUGGCACACUUUGUUGACGAAUGCUUCAAAAGAAAUUCGGAGGUGCUCAUUUGCCUCGGCUCACUUAGGUUCAAAAUCUGGUGCCUCACACAAAAUGUAUGCACGUCAUGUACAGACCUCAGCUGUUUAUUUCAAAGCGUUGUGUAUUGAUCGACAACAGUUGUCAUGCACAUAUUUGCACAACGCUUAACGCCAUUACAGCUGUGAUGUUGGUUGGCUUUGGCCUAGUGUUUAGCUGCAAUACACAGUGCAGACAAAAAGGCUACAUGACCUGUUUAUCCAUAGGGCCUUGUGUUUUCAGGUGAAACUAGUUUUUACCCCCGAUUUGCAUCACUGCACCUUGGGGUUAACCCUUCUCCUAGGGUUUCUGCUGCUGUGUCAUUGGCCUCCUGGGGAUCUUAUUCGUUGCCGCCAAAGACUGGUCUGUUUUCAUUGCGCUUUUCUUCUAAACGGUAGCGCUGUGUAAACCAAUUUCGCUUAUAAUAUACUAAUUGGAACACAGACUUUCAUUUGAGAGCAAGUUCUUUUUGCAUUUUAGUGCCCCUUUAAAACCCAGAAAUGCAAGGCCCUAUUUAUCCAUAAUGUGAUGCGUGUUGCAAAAUUCUAAAGCCUAGUGCUACGAGAGCUAAAGAAAUUUAACGUGACACAUUUACUUCACUAUGGUGUAACAAUUAAAAGAAAGGUAUAUGUAAGUGGUGAACACAAAGCACCGCUAUGUUUUCUCAGAGUUCUUCCAAUAAUAUCGGAUGACAGCGGCCCUGCAACAUCAUUUUCACAGGCGUUGUGGAAUUGCAAGCACAGCAGUAACACCGCACAAUGUUUCCUAGCCCAAUGUAGUGCAGUAAGGCUAACAAAGAACAACACUUAAAACAAUGACUCACCCUGACCAGGGAGACCUUACUCCACGGUAGAACGUAAGCGUACUGUGCCAUCAGGUAACUGGGAACCGUAUCUAGCAUUCCUGUGUAUUUUCUCAGCUUGUUCACUGACUGCACCACAUAUAAUUUACAAUCUGUAAUAAAGAAGCAACGUGAGAAGAUCCUGUUUAUUUAGCCCUCCAGCAUGGACGUACCUUGAGAGAUGGCACCUCUUUUGAGUAGCUCCCUGCAACCAAUUAUAAUGCAAUUUUAUCGUGCCAUUUUCCCAGCAGGCAGUGAAGAUAUCGUGGCAAUACAUACACAAUUCCACUGUAAACAGAGAUGUGGUUUACGUGGCCACUGACACCGGACCCAUCAAAGGUUACGAUCUGCAAUACACAAUGGCAGGCAAGUGCAGGUUUUCGGAAUUUGUCAAGUGCGAUGCAAUUUUUGUCUGUUUCCUUAUGUGUAUAAGAGGUAACUCACUAUGUCCACAGAUAGGCACUCUGCAUAUUUCUGUACAAUGUUUCCUACAAGGGCAGAACUCCAUGUUGCCUUCGGGUCAUCAGGCAUGUCACUAGCAUUGAGAUGAGAGGGAAAAAAAAAGGUGUUGGAAGAAAACAUAUUUUACGACAUUAGCCACUGCAAUGUGAAGCGCUCGCAAUAACUUUGAAGCUACAUAAUAUGAAAAUAAAUGGUGACUAGACUGAAA